AUGGACCGCCAAGUGACCUCGCGCAUACGUCUCGAGCGCAAGCAGGUCGACGACGUGAUGGGCGGUGAGGACAGUUGGAAAAACGUCGACAGCACAGAUGCUGUGUGCCCCAAGUGCGACAACAGCCGUGCCUACUAUAUGCAGCUCCAGAUUCGGUCUGCUGACGAACCGAUGACGACCUUCUUUAAGUGCACCAAGUCGCAGUGCGGCUUUCAGUGGCGCGAAAACUAG